AUGGGGAGCGCAGGCAACAAUACCACAUCAUAUGAUGGCGACAUUCUUAAUCCAAGCGAGCUCAGUCUAUCAAGAGAAUUCAGCGAUGUAAUGAAUAUGGAUAUGUGGCCCGUAGAGAAAUGUUUUGAGGAACAUUUAAUAAAUAGCACAUUAAGUGCUGAUCUAACCAACCACAUUUUUGUUGUCAACGGUACUCAAGUCGUAUGCUUGGAACAUGCACCAGUUUUAACUAGAAAUACCAUCAUUAGAGCAAGUAUUCUAUCUGUUAUGGCACUGUUGUCUUUUGUUGGGAAUUUUGCUACUAUGAUAAGUGUGCAAAAAGGAAAACGAUGUCGCAGACGCGCGAGGCCAUCAUGGACAGCCAUAUACAGUCUGAUAUUUCAACUCAGCAUAGCAGAUUUACUUGUUACUUUAUUUUGCAUACUUGGAGAAGCUGGCUGGUCUUUUACAGUACAGUGGUACGCGGGAAAUAUCGGAUGCAAAUUGUUUAAAUUCCUACAAAUGUUUGCUUUAUAUCUGAGUACAUUUGUAUUAGUAUUGAUUGGUGUAGAUCGGUGGUUGGCAGUGAAAUAUCCGAUGAAAAGUAUGGGCACUGCUACUAGAAAUGGCAGACUAGUAAUCAUCGCUUGGGUUUUAAGCUUCAUUUUAAGCAUACCUCAGGUAGUAGUCUUUCGAUUAGCAAAAGGGCCAUUUAUUGAGGACUUCUAUCAGUGUGUCACCCACGGAUUUUAUACUGAAAGAUGGCAAGAACAAGCGUAUACCACAAUGUCUCUUGUUUUUAUGUUCAUUCUUCCGUUGGUUAUUUUAAUCUCUACGGAAUCUGGUGGUCGCCACGCAUCUUUACUACGACGUGGUGACCAAACAUCAUCAGUGAGGUUGACCACAAUACGAUCGUUGAGAUCAUCAUCGAAAUAUUCCAAUGGUCAAAACGUAAGUUUAUUA